AACCGGUAAACCAUCUUAGAACAGAAAAAAGAGCGAGAGAGUGAAGAGGCGCAAGCGACAAACAAACACAGCAAACGAGAAACACGAAGGCUCGCGAGAGAAAGACCAAGAAGACAAAGACAAUGUCGACGUACUUGAGCUCCGAGAGUCGCCGCGUGAGCCCCCGCGUGCACGGCAGCGGCUUCGACACGGCGCGGAGAAAGCGCGCGUCCCCGCACAUCUUCGAGCACGUGCGAGAGGACGCGCUCGUGCGGCUCUUUCGCAAGGCGGGCGACGCCAAGGCAGAGGAGCGCGCGAGGAGCGUGUUCGCCGCGGCGGCGUCGCACGAACCCGGAGAGACGGCGCGCGCGCUCAUGGCUCUGCGGCAGCGCAAGAAGGACAAGCUGCUGCGCAUCGCCGGCGCCGUGCGCCGCUUCCUCGGCGUGCGCUGAACGAGCCUGGAGGAGGAGAAACGACUUGAAAAGUCUUUAAAACACGUACUUUGAACAGAAACACGGCCCGGCUGUGUGCACGCGCACUGAGCGAGCGGAGACCGUUACGGCUAACAGACCGCGGAGGACUGAAGGACUGAAAAGGGGGUGAAAACUUAGCCGCGAGGGUCAGAAACGGACAGCGAAACGCUGGAGCAGAACCAAGGAACCCGCGGUGACCCCCCCACCGGGACUUUUACCGAAGGAGAAACGGGAGAAACGAGAGACUUGAGCUAGCCCGAGCUAACGAAGCCAGUGCGGUUACCUCAGGUACCGCGGUUACCAGGGCGACGCGUCUCUCCUCUCGCACGCGGGAGAUGAAGACUCCUGUGUGGAACGCUGCACCUUUCCCGCGCUUUCUGGAGCCAAUCAGACUGCGAAAAAGGCGCUUACGUGAACUUUUUUUUUUUGUUGUUAAUUUUUCUUUUUUUGCAUUUUAUAAUUUUUUUUAUACAUGUAAAUGCACGUUUAAGUGCAUGAUGUGCCUCGUGACGACGAGAAGAUGAAGGGAAAAAAAAACGCCUGUAUGAUCACGCCUCAUAUUUAUAUUUACAAAAAAAGCCUGUUAAUAUUGUCUCACCUUUUGCCUCAGUUUCAGUUUUCCUGUGUUAUACCACAAUAUCAAGUGGCCACUAAUUUAUUUGUACUUUUUUUUUUCCCUCCUCACAAUUUUGUCAGUUCUCACAAUAAAUUAUUAACAUCUA